CCUUUGAUCCCUGCCUGCGGGAAAGGGGAAAAGGACGGGCACGGAGCGGGGCAGCGCGGCGGGGUUUGGGCUGCAAGCGCCGGGCGGACGCAGUAACAAAAAAAGAUUGAUUAGGUGAAGUGGAGAGUUUGCCUUUCAUGAUGGAUUGGUACCCCUAAGCUUAAAGGUGGUCCUUGUCUGCCCAUUUCUGAAGAAGCCCUCUCUGGACCCAGGGAUUACUACUGACCAAUCAUAAUAUCCCUGUUUUGGGUGAAGUGCUGGAGAAGGGUAUGCUAUGACAGGUUGUAAAUUGCUUCUUGGUGCUUUUAGACAUCUAAAUGUCUGGCUUGGACUCUUGGACAAAUCUCCUCACAAACUUGGUUUUCCCUGGAGGACCUUUCUUUGUGCUGCAAGUCACCAGCCCAUAACAGCAAUUUUCCCCAAACGUUUCUCUGUUUCUCCCAUUCAGCAUCAUGCAUUUUUAAUACCAUGGUCAAAAAGUGUGACAGGGAUUUCAGUACGACACAAAAGUAACAAAAGUUCACAUAAAAAUGUGAAACAAACUGUAGAAGAAGAGUUGGAGGAGGAACACACAAGUGAAGAAGAGAUAAUUGAUUCGGAAGAUGAGUUUGAAGAUGAUCCCAGCACAGUGAAGAAUUACAAAGAUCUUGAGAAAGUAGUACAAUCUUUCCGAUUCGAUGUAAUCUUGAAAUCUGGUUUAGAUAUUGCAAGAAACAAAGUGGAAGAUGCAUUCUACAAUGGUGAGCUUAGACUGAACGGAGAAAAACUGUGGAAGAAAAGCAGAUCGGUAAAGAUUGGUGAUACAUUGGAUCUCAUUCUUGGAGAAGAUAAAGAAACAGAAACAGCUGUAGUUAUGCGAGUUGUUUUAAGGAAAGCAUCUGACAAGAAUGAGAGUGAUAAAUACAGAGUGGUGUUGAGGCGCUGGAAGAACUUAAAGGUGCCCAAGCAGGAUGUACUGAAGUGAAUAAGUAAACUGCAUGUUAUGACUGAUUUCCUGUGAGCAAUCACAUUUGUUGUAUAAUAUAUACAUUUUGGUUAAACAAAGUUCUUUUUUUAAAAAAAGGAUAUGAGAUGGCAUGCCACUUUCCUUACUGUAAACAUCACUUCUGUUUGUUCCGUGACUCUCAAGUUUGCUGUUUUCAUUUCAGCGGGAAAAAACAAAACACUGUUCCUAUGAGAAAUAAUAAAAGGCAAGCCCAA